AUGGAUUACUGGUGGUUUGAUCGCGGAUUACAUAACGCUGGCUGUNNNNAUGUUGGCCUGCAGUUCAAGCAGAGAGUUCCCGAUCGUCAACUGGGGGCUGAUUGUGCUAUUCUCAAGGCAUUCGAGUACUGCGCCAGAGAGGCAGUCCAAAUCUUCGGUGGUGCUGGAGUGACGAGGGAAGGUCAGGGACGUUAUGUGGAACGCUUAUACAGGAGUGUCCGUUUGAGUGCUAUACCCGGAGGAAGUGAAGAGAUACUUCUUGAUUUAACUAUGAGGAUGGUUGCAGCUAAGGCACGCAGCUAG